CUAAUUUAAUCAUAUUUUUCUUUUGUCAUAGGCCGAGGUGUUUUUGCCACUGAACUCAUAUACAGAGGCGACUUUGUAGUGGAGUACCGAGGAAAACUACUGUCACCGCAGCAGGCAGAGCUCCAAACUGAGUACAAUGAGUCUGCGAAGGUUUUUCUUUUUGAUUUUCAGUGGAAGAGUAAAACAUGGUGCAUUGAUGCAUGUGAAGAGGACUCCUCCCUUGGGAGACUCGUUAAUGAUGACCACAGACGACCUAAUUGCAAAAUGAAAACCAUAAUAGUAAAUGAGACCCCACACUUGUGUCUCUUCGCGGUUAGAGAUAUUACAGCUGGAGAAGAGUUGACUUACAACUACGGUGACUCAAACUGGGCAUGGAGAGCACAGGUUAACAAGGAUGUACUACCUAGCGUGAAACCUGAGAUUGGGAGUAUAAAGUCUGCUGCUGCUAUAGUACAUGCUGAUUCAGUAGGGACUGAACUCACCACAGUCACAACUGCAGACUCACAGCCUGCUGACACAGCCCCCAAAACACACUUCACUGGCACGGACACCCUGUUCAACAUGCCCGUCUCAGAUGAUAAUUUGCAGAGGGAGCGCUCGAAGGCCAGGAUUGACAAAUUAAAAGCACACCACAAUAGGUGUGAAACUCGGUAUGAAUCUACGGCAGAGAAGCGAAAUGCUCUUCAAAGACAGCGAACCUUACUCCUACUGCAAUUGGCAAACUUGGAUAAAAUGCUGGACCCAGAAUCACAUCCAGUCACUCAACCAGCAGAAGAUUCUGUGAUACCCUCACCAACAGACACACAGGUUGCUUUCCAAAACAUGGACACAGAUUCCAGCUCUGCAGAAGAUGGGAAUGUGUCCCACUCCAAUCCCAAGCUGGACCCAGAAUCACAUCCAGUCACUCAACCAGCAGAAGAUUCUGUGAUACCCUCACCAACAGACACACAGGUUGCUUUCCAAAACAUGGACACAGAUUCCAGCUCUGCAGAAGAUGGGAAUGUGUCCCACUCCAAUCCCAAGUUUAAAAAACAAAUGCUUGGAUAUGAUUCUGAAGACUCACUAAGCAGCAUGGAAAUAACAGAGGAUGAAUAUGUGCCAGGGUCUGAUUGUGAAAGUGAUACCAGCUCAGAGGGAGGCAGUAUAUUAAAGAAAAAUUCUGCCACCAUGGCCAGUCCUGCUGUUAAAAAUGAAACAAGAAAAACAUACAAGGGACAUAGAAACCGGAACUCUAAAUCUGACACAUCUGGGGAAAGCUCCAUUACUUCACUUACAGUCAUGCACAGUCAAAAGACUGACGAUGGAUCUAGAAGAUACACCAAAAAACAUUACUGUCUCUUUUGUGAGAAACCACAAUCCAAAAUCGCCAGGCAUCUGGAACUUGUUCAUGGAGAUCAAUCUGAAGUCGCUAAGGCCAUUUCAUCUCCAAAGAACUCCAAGGAAAGAAAGCUCCAACUGACUAUACUAAGGAAACGGGGGGACAGAGCACACAAUGUAGAUGUCAUUAGAAAGGGAAAAGGUGUCAUUGUUCCAUGUAAAACAAACAAGUUCUCCAAAUGUCAAUCCAAAUAA